AUCAAAUUCGUCAUUGUCGACAUCGCCGUCUCUCCGACCUCCCCGCAACUCCUAUACUCCUCAAAAAUACCUCGGUGGUCAAGCGAAGCAAAUCCUGCAACCACCCAGCAUGGCGGACGCCGACACUAAGCAGCGCAAGUCCGUUGCAUUCAGCGAAGGAUCGGUCAUUAUGGACACCAACGGUCAAGUCACAGAGUCUUCCGAGACUGAGAAGCCUGCCGACAAGGAAGUCGACGAGGUCACCGACAUGUUCAAGGGUCUUGCCAAGAAGAAGAAGUCCAAGAAAUCCAAGGACACUGAGGGCGAGGGUGAGGAGGCUGCUGGCGACGAGUUCGACCCCUCCGUCUUGAAAAAGAAGAAGAAGUCCAAGUCCAAGAAGGCCGACACUGGUGACUUCGAGGCCAAGCUUGCUGAGGCCGGUGUCUCCGAGGAGGCUGGUGAGCAGGCUGAGGAGGAGGAAGUCCUGCCCGAGGGUGAUCUUGAGGCCGGCACCGGCAUCUGGGCCCACGAUGCCACCCAAACCAUCCCCUACUCUCUUCUCGUCUCUCGGUUCUUCUCCCUCAUCCAGAGCCACCACCCCGACCUCCUGUCCAGCGGAACCAAGUCCUACAAGAUUCCUCCUCCCCAGUGCUUGCGUGAGGGUAACCGUCGUACCGUUUUCGCCAACAUUGCCGAUAUCUGCAAGCGCAUGAAGCGAUCCGACGACCACGUCAUGCAGUUCCUGUUCGCUGAAUUGGGAACCAGCGGCAGUGUCGACGGUAGCCGUCGCCUGAUCAUUAAGGGUCGUUUCGUCCAGAGACAAAUUGAGUCUGUUUUGAGGUCAUAUAUCGUGGAGUAUGUUACUUGCAAGACCUGCCGCAGCCCCGACACCGAGCUCAACAAGGGUGAGAACCGUCUGUACUUCAUUACCUGCAACUCUUGCGGAUCCCGUCGUUCCGUCGCCGCUAUCAAGACCGGUUUCCGUGGACAAGUCGGCCGCCGGAAGCGUACUGGUUAAGCGGGAUAAGCUUUGGAUUUGGCAUUUGUGGGAGAGGCAAUUUCCUAUUGUCUCUUCUUUAUGGCGUGUCACGUACUGGGAUUGGUGGAUGGUGAAAAUGAGACCCCGGCAUUGUAUCUUUCUACCGUUGGGGGUUUGAGAUGAGGAAACGAUUUGAAAGAUAGAAAUAGUUCGCCAUGAAAUGGAUUGAUAUGACCACCUAC